CAUCAUGCGACAUGCCGGAUAGAAACGAGCAUAUUAGCCGAAACACUUGUAAAGCUGCAUGUUAUUAUUUAGGGAGUGGGUUAACGGGUCUCACAUGUAGCAGUCAAGAAGUUAACUGUCAGUAGCUAAGUGGGUGCAGUAUAACUCAAGUCUCUGUUCCACAAAUUGAUACCGCUGUAGGCUAAGUAACGGUAGCAGGUAGCUAAGAGCCAUCGUAUUCUUUAAACUACAACGGUUGGCUAACCGUUAUUGUGAAUUCGGUGUCGCUGCCGCUCGUUUCUGACAAAGGUAUGAGUUAUGGAUACGGCGGUGGGGGAGGCAGAAGGGGUAGAAGAGGAGGUCGCGGGCACCGAGAUGGCAGCAGAGAAAGAUGGGACAGAGGAGGAGGAGGAGGAGGUUCGAGAGGACACAGUUCCGACUUUGAUCAGGACCGAGGAGGUGGCGGUGGCGGUGGACAAAGGGACCGUCCACCUCCACACCUGAAGGGUCGUGAGAUUGGUCUGUGGUACGCGAGAUAUGGAGCCGUGAGGAGGAAACAAGCUGACAGGAGAUCGCGAGCCGUGGUCCAGAUGGAUGAGGCCAGAGAGCAGCACAUUACCGAGCUGCUCAACUCUGUCCAGAAUAACCAGCCUGGCCCAGAGAGAGACGGCAGGGGCGCAAGAGCUUCAACGUCCAGCAACAGCCAGACAGCUGCCGAUAGUGGACACUGUUACUUUGACGGGGAUUUGCCUGAGGACCACAAGUGGAAGGACGAGGACGAAUCUGAGGGAGAGGAAGAAGAAUUUAAUUCAGGCCAAAAGAAAGCAACUCACAAAUCACGACGCGGCUUCUCUACAGCAGCAGUUGAAGAUGAGCCUCCAGACACGUGGGACGAAGAAGAUCAGGAGGUGGAGGAGAAAGAGAAACCGAUGCACAAAGACAAGGAUCUGGAGUUCUUAGUUCAGGAAGUAGUCAGAGACAGGUCACUGGAUGACUACUUGAAGACAAACCUGCAGGGCAAGAAAUCAGAUCUAAAAUACAAAGAAAUGCUGACAUUCAGGGAAAAACUACCAUCCUUUGGGAAAAAAGAGGAGCUGGUAGAGCUGAUCAACUCCAGCCGUGUCCUAGUGGUGAGUGGGGAGACCGGAUGUGGAAAGACCACUCAGGUCACUCAGUUCAUCCUGGAUGACUACAUCAAUAGAGGCAUGGGCUCACUGUGCCGGGUGGUCUGCACGCAGCCACGUCGCAUCAGCGCCAUCUCGGUUGCAGAGCGUGUUGCAGCAGAGAGGGCGGAAAGUGUAGGGAACGGAAAUUCUUGUGGUUACCAAAUCAGACUGCAGAGCCGGUUACCACGGAGACAAGGUUCAAUCCUGUACUGUACAACGGGCAUUAUUCUACAGUGGCUUCGCUCGGAUACGUUGUUGUCCAGUAUCAGUCACCUGGUGUUGGACGAGAUUCACGAGAGGAACCUCCAGUCGGACGUCUUGCUGAUCAUUGUGAAGAACUUACUCCGCCUCCGAGAUGACCUCAAGGUCGUCCUGAUGAGCGCCACGCUCAACGCGGAGAAGUUUUCCAGAUAUUUCGACAACUGCCCGAUGAUCCACAUCCCGGGUUUGACGUUCCCUGUGGAAGAGUUUCUACUUGAGGAUAUCGUAGAGAUGAUCAGGUAUCGUCCCCCGAACCAGGAUCGUCGUCCCUCGUGGAAGAGAGGCUUUUGGCAGGGACGCCACUCCAGACCUGAGAAGGAGGAGAAGGAGGCUGAAUACAAGGAGAGCUGGCCUUGUUACGCGCGCACAUUGCAGGGCAGAUACUCUGACAACACUAUUGAGGCCCUGGAGAUGUUAGACGGUGAUGAGAAGAUCGAUCUGGAGCUGAUCCUGGCACUGAUCCGUUAUAUUGUGCUCAAUGAAGAGGAAGGAGCAGUCUUAGUCUUCCUGCCUGGCUGGGACAACAUCAGCGGUCUCAAUGACCUGCUCAUGGCUCAGCAGAUGUUCCGAUCAGACCGGUUUGUUAUCAUCCCUUUGCACUCUCUCAUGCCUACCGUUAACCAAACACAGGUGUUCAAAAGGCCCCCUCCUGGAGUUAGAAAGAUUGUGAUUGCUACAAAUAUAGCGGAGACCAGCAUCACCAUAGACGACGUCGUUUACGUGAUAGAUGGAGGGAAGAUUAAGGAGACGCACUUUGACACCAACAACAACAUCAGCACCAUGACGGCCGAGUGGGUUAGCUUGGCCAACGCCAAACAGAGGAAAGGACGCGCUGGCAGAGUGCGUCCCGGGAAGUGCUAUCACCUGUACAACGGUCUCAGGGCCAGCCUGCUGGACGCCUAUCAGUUACCUGAAAUUAUGAGGACGCCGCUGGAGGAGCUCUGCUUGCAGAUCAAGAUACUGAAGCUUGGGUUUAUUGGUCAGUUCUUGGAGAAGGCUUUGGACCCUCCCACUGAAAAGGCUGUCAACCUUGCCAUCAAGAACCUCACUGACCUGAACGCUCUGGACCGCUCUGAGAAUCUGACAGCGCUGGGCGUCCACCUGGCCCGUCUGCCCGUGGAGCCCCACAUCGGCAAACUCAUCCUGUUCGGAGCCCUGUUGGGCUGCCUCGACCCCGUGCUCACCAUUGCUGCUUCACUCAGCUUCAAAGACCCUUUCUUCAUACCACUGGGUAAAGAGAAGAUGGCAGACAUGAGGAGAAGGACCCUGUCUAGAAACUCCAAGAGUGACCACCUCACUAUUGUCAAUGCCUUCAAGGGCUGGGAGGAAGCAAAGCAACGUGGGGCCAGGUAUGAGAGGGAGUUCUGCUGGGACAACUUCCUGUCUGCAAACACACUCCAGAUGCUGCACAAUAUGAAGGGUCAGUUUGCUGAACAUCUCAUGCAUGCCGGCUUCGUCAGCAGCAGAGACCCCAAAGAUCCCAAAUCCAAUGUCAACUCAGACAAUGAGAAGUUAAUCAAGGCCGUGAUUGUCGCCGGUCUCUACCCAAAGGUCGCCAUGAUCAGACCGUCUCACAGCAAAAAGAGGCCCGGGGUCAAGGUUUACACCCAGGCGGACGGGAAGGUGUGCAUCCACCCGAAAUCCGUGAACGCCGAAGAGACGGAGUUCAACUACACGUGGCUCAUUUACCACCUCAAGAUGAGAACAAGCAGUAUCUUUCUGUACGACUGCACCGAGGUGUCCCCGUUCUCGCUGCUCUUCUUUGGGGGAGACAUCACCAUCCAGAAGGACGAGGGCCAGGAGACCAUCGCGGUGGACCAGUGGAUUGUCUUCAGGUCCCCAGCGCGCAUCGCCCACCUUGUUAAGAGUUUAAAGAAAGAGCUGGACUCUCUGCUGCAGGACAAGAUCCGCAAUCCGGCUCCCGUGGACUGGCAGAACCUUCAGUCCAAAGACUGCGCUGUCAUCACAGCCAUCAUAGACCUCAUCACUACCCAGGAGAAGCCCACGGGCGGCGGCAAGGGCUACGGCAGGACGUGGGCGCCGGCCCCGAGAGGACAGCAUAUGCACUUCAACGACGACGACGAGGACGAUGACGAUGAUUAGAAGUGGCGAGGGGUUCGGUCGGCUAUGAAGAUCCUCUGAAGCGACUGGUUGCGUACUUGGACACAGGGGUUAGUUGGAAUAUUUAUUCUAACCGGCAGGUCACUGGAGGCCAAAGUACUGAAAAGUGUCCCGCACUUGAAUAACUUUUUUUUUUUUUUUUUUUUUUGUUAUGUUUGCCUGUCUGGUUAUUAUUUUGCAAGGACCAUCUCUGAAUACACUCAGUAGCGGUUUUGUUAAGUUUCACUGUAGCUUUUAAAAAGAAGAUGUACCAUCAUCAUGCUAAGCUUCGUCCACCUUAUGAGGCUGAGAUUUAGCAAAACAAAUAAAUAAAUAAAUAAA